AAACAUUUACACGAAUUGGGAUUGAGAUUUACAUCCUCCAUUACUCACUCACAAGCCUAAAAAGUUGUCGCAACACCGAUUUUACCAUCACCUACCGAAGGGCACAAUACGUACGCAUAAUCGAGCUCGAUAAUAAACCAAUCCAAAAUGGCAUCCACGUUUGAAUCCUCCCUGUCGUCGAGCCUUAGCGGCCGACAAACGCUAUCGACGGCCGCUCCAUCUAUGGCCGAUUCGCUCCCCAGCAUCAACUUCGGGUUCGACGAGCUGCGCGAUCGCAUGGCGAAGUUCAGCGCAAGAUUCGAUACCUUCAUCGAGCAAGGGCGCAAGCGCGUCCUUGAAGAGCGCAACCAAUUCAGAAUGAACAUCGCCGAGUUACAAGAGGACCAGCGCAUGAAGAAGAAGGACAUGGAGAUUCUACAACACAAGACAAGCACGCACCAGCAAAUGAUCUCGAAAGAAUCCGCCGAGACGCAAGAAAUGCAAGCAGCAAUCGCCUCUCUCAGCACGCAGCGGGACAAGAACAAAGCCACGCGCGACGCCCUCCAACAACAGAUCGCGGAGACGCAAAAAGAAAUCGACGCGCGGCUCGCAGCGCAGCGCGCGCACGCGCAGUACGUGGAGUCGCAGAGCCGGUUCAACGUACCCGAGCUGGACUUCUGGAUGCAGAACCUGUGUCUGAAGAUCGAGGGCGCGGGGCAGACCGACCGCCUGAAGUUCGUGUACACGCACAUCGACGAGAAGAACUGGGAGCGCGAGGCUUGGUUCGAGCUGAGCACUAGUUCCAGGGAUUACGAUGUCAGGCAUUGCAGGCCGAAGGUCGAGAAGGAGAAGAUUGAGCGUGUGCUGGAGAGGACGAAUGAGACGCGAGAUUUGGCGGUGCUGUUGAAGGGGAUGAGGGAGUUGUUUGUGGAGGCUAUGAAGGGGUGAGGGGGGUAGAUAGAAGUAUGAGGUAUAGAUGAGAGACGUCGUGAUGUGAUAUGAUGCGUGGGAUGGGAGGAAAGGGGGUGUUUGGUAUAGGCGUUCGGGGUCUGAUUUGGCUGUUGCUUGAUGGGUUAUGGCUAAUUGAAUUAGGAUGUGCCUGAAGCAGCACUAAGGGCUUUCCUCAUUUUCUAUAAAGCAGUAUCUAUCUUAUAAACGUAAACGUUUUACAAUAUCAAUAAUCGUGUAUUGUUGAAAAGCAUGUUCAUUAAAG